UUUAGUGCAGCAGCAGGAGGAGGAUAUAGAGUCAUUGGACCCUUCAACACAAACAAAACUUUAAUCUACAGAAGAGUGAUGACAAACAUCGGUGAUGCCUACAGUCCAUUCACAGGUCGCCUUCAUCAACUUCUCCAUGAAGAUGCUAGCUGUGUCCGUACUUGUUGCAGCCAUGAUGGCUCUGACUACUGGAGAAGAUCAUGUUGUCAAGAGGUCCACACACUGUGAAAAUGGUUGGUCUCUGUACGGAGGCCGCUGUUUCCGCUACUUCCCAGGAUCCACCAGCUGGGCUGUGGCUGAGAGAUCCUGUCGCUCUUCACACGCACACCUAGCAUCUGUGCACAACAGAGAUGAGGAACAUUGGAUUCAGCGUUUGGCAGGCCUAAACUUGGCGUGGAUCGGAGGCUCUGAUGCACAACAGGAGGGAUUUUGGUUCUGGUCUGACGGUACACCUUUCAACUAUGUCAACUGGUGUGGAGGAGAGCCUAAUAACGACAGAGGUCAGCACUGUCUACAAAUCAAUUACACAGAUCAUAAGUGCUGGGAUGACGACAACUGCAAUGUUGGGAGAGGAUUUGUCUGUGUCAAGAAACAAGGAUGAUUUCUGGACCAACACAGAGGCAUGAAGUAGGGCUACUUACCAUGAUGCGGAAACAUUGAAAGAUGUGCGUUUGUGUCCAUGUUUGUGUCCUCAUCUGUAUUUGUGUCUUCAGUCUCAUCCAUAACCUAAAGUCUUUAACUCUCUAAUCAAAUAUUUCUUAGCUAUCGCUGUAACGCUACUCAAGGAAAGAGGUGACAAGUGACAUAAACAGGAGCUGUUUCUUAGGGCCUUGUGCUUUAAAGAGCAGAUUGAAUGGUUAUGGAAAGGAUGCUUUAUGCCUAUUAAGUCUAUUCUUCAGUGAUUUGUCUUUCUUGUA